AUUUUUAGUAACUAAUAGUAUAAGUUGACCUAAUUUGUUGUACUUACUCAACUACAGUAUCCGAAUAUAUACCGGAAGUUUGUAUUGUCGCCACGAAUCAAGACGAUUCAUCAACUCGACUGUCAAAGAAUUUUAUAGCAGUGCGCUGGUGAACGCUGGUGUCGUUGGACUGGUGAUCUUCAUCCUGAAUCUGGUGGCUCCACAAGUGCUGGGCAAGGAAUCCACGAUGGUCGAGGCAGGGGAGAUCACUCCGAUGGACUACUGGCUGGUGAGGUUGGCCUUCAACCUGCUGGGUUAUGCCACCAUAUUUGUACCCGGAUACAUGAUGAUACGCUACCUCCGCAAAAUCAGAUACGAUGAAACUGCGGGUCCCGGGUUUUUCCAGCAACUUGCCAAGCUGUGUGUGUUUGGUAAGGAGAACGAGCACCAGGUGGACACAGGCUCACAAGCCAAGAAGGGGGACAGCGGGGGUUUCUCAGAGAGUGCAGGGCUCCUUGUCUUCUGUUUCCUUGGAUUGCAGGGUUCCUAUCUUACCUGGGGGCUACUCCAGGAACGCAUCAUGACAUUUGAGUACGGGGAAACUGCCAAUGGCCAGGGCGAGAAGUUUAAGAACUCCACGUUCCUGGUUUUUAUCAAUAGGAUUCUGGCCUUCAUGAUUGGUGUCAUAGUACUGUUUCUUAAGCAGCAGCCACCACACACAGCUCCAUUGUUUAAAUACUCGUUCAGUUCAUUUUCCAACAUCAUGAGCAGUUGGUUCCAGUAUGAAGCACUUAAGUUUGUGAGCUUUCCUACCCAAGUACUGGCCAAGGCCUCCAAAGUCAUACCAGUGAUGCUAAUGGGCAAGGUUGUGUCUAAAAGGACUUAUGAGUACCAUGAAUACCUUACGGCUCUCAUGAUUUCCUUUGGCGUGGGUGUUUUUCUGAUGACGAGCCAAGAUGUCACCCAUGACAGCGGCAGAACCACUACUAUCUCUGGUGUAAUCAUGCUGGUCGGCUACAUGUCAUUUGAUAGCUUUACCUCGAACUGGCAAGGUGAACUGUUUAGAAAGUAUAAAAUGUCGUCUAUUCAGAUGAUGGUGGGUGUCAACAUGUUUUCAUGCAUGUUGACCAGCGUAGCUCUGAUAGAGCAAGGUGGGUUUGUAGAGUGUGUUGCCUUCAUGUUCACCCACCCAACAUUUGUGGUACAUGCUGUUAUACUCAGUAUUUGCUCUGCAUGUGGACAGCUAUUUAUAUUUUACACCAUUGAGAAAUUUGGGGCAGUCACCUUUACCAUUAUUAUGACCCUGCGACAAGCCUUUGCUAUUAUGUUGUCUUGUAUAUUUUAUGGUCACCCUCUCACCCUUCUCGGCAUUGUUGGUGUACUUAUUGUAUUUAUAGCUUUAUUCCUAAGAAUAUAUGCGAACCAACGAGCUCGUGCAGUGAAGCUUGCGAGAGAGGCCGCGGAAAGAAGUUCGGCCAAUGUUUAAUGGUCCAUGUUCACCUUUGUAAAUAAAGGGAUUUAUACAUUUAAUUUUGGAAUUCAGAAAUAUAGAAAAUUGAAACUGUUGAAUUAGCAAAUUAUGACUAUCAACCUUUGCUAAAAAGCAUUGAAUAUAAAUCAAACUAGUUCCAAAACAGCUUAUUUAAAAUGUUUGUUCGUUAUAUAUGUUUAAAUUCAUGGUAUGUUUAUAUUUUAAUUUACAAAGUAGUACAGUUUAUGUAUAUAACAUAAACACAGAACCAAAACUAUUUUUAUUUUUAUUAUUUAUUUUAAUCACUAGUAAGGUUUGUUUGAAGUAUUGUUGUUGUUUCUUGGUAUAUCUUAAUUUGAUGCUGGUAAUGUACAUGUAUGUUUAUAUUUAUAUAGCAUUUGUGUUAGGCUAGUCAAUCGAAAUGUUAAUUUUAGUUACAUGUUUUUCAAAUUGGUCUGUUCAUUGCAUAAGUUUCAUAUGGCAAAAAGUCUACUCUUUUAAAUACUCGUCUUUAGCUUAACUGUUUUUUGAGGGGAAAAAUCUAAUUGUUUUGAAGUUCUGAUGGCCUUGGUGGCGUAAGGGGCAUCAUUGUUGGCGUACAGACACUUUAUCUUUGGCAAUAACUCAAAAACAGUUCAUGAUAUUCAAAUGAAACUUGGUAUUGAUGCUACCAAAGACAAUAUACAUAUUUUUAGUAAAGCCCAUGUCUCUGGCGUUAAUAGUUGUAAAGUUAUGCCUCUUUUCUGAUAAACAACAGACAAGCAAUGGUGUUUGCUUUGUGGUACUCAUGUUAUUGUAUUGUUAUAUCAUUUACAUACAGUCUCCUUUAUCCAGACUUUUUUUGUAUGAGAAUGUAUUUUUUAUGAACAAAUAUUUGAUUGUCUGAAUACAAGACCUGUUUCUGAACAGUUCCUUGUGUGUCCUUACAAAUGGUUAAACUUUUACUGACAAGGAAGAGCAAUGUUGCAGCUAUUUUUAAAAGUACGGUAGUUUUUUUUGCUGCUUGACUUGUUAUAGUCUCUAUAUAAGUGUUGUACCAACAUAAUUUCACCAAAUGUAGUCAUGUGAUUCAAAGCUUUAAAAGCUGGUUAUGAAUUAGCUUAUUUAAUGUUUACUUAUGAUAUAUGAAUCUCAGUAUUCGCAGAGUGCAGUCGUUAUUUUGUUACAUAAGCUUGACUUACUUCGUACAGAAACCAUUAAGUGGUAGCUUAUGUAGCGUCUUUCUUCAAACACCAAACCAUUGUUUACAUGAAUCUCAUUUGUGAAAAUGAAUAUUUUUUUUUUUAAUAAAUGUUAAUUGUAAAUGUGGAUUUGCCAUUUUGCUUAACUGAUGACUCAAUGUUUUGUUACGGUACUUGUAUUGGUUGAAGCUUUGCGCUGAUUUCCUAAUGUCAAUACUUUAUUUUGUUCGGGAUUUGUUUUGAAAGACAUUCUUUUUAGAAAAAUCAAUAUACCUACAUGUAUCAGUUAUAAUAAAAGAUCAAAGCAUAUUACACUUGAAUACUACAUUUCAUGACCGUAACUUCCAUUUAUGUAAAUAUUGAUAUAAGCCAACCAUAUCCCUUGUUAUUCUUGUCACUUUUAUGAAUAUUGUCAAAGUUUACAGUCCCAAAGUUUAUUUGAAUUAUUGAUAUUUACCAUUUUUCAUGACAUUUGUGUCACCAGAAUUUCGACUUAAUAUAUUGUAACGCUUUAGUUAACUUAUAGUUUUGAUAUUUUCCUGGAAUUGUAAACCCUUCCCUUAUGAAAUUCGCAUUUCAUCUGACUUAAAAUAAUGCCGGAAUAUUCAAAGAUAGAUAAGAGGUUUGAAAAAAAUAAUGCACUGGUAUUAAACGAACAGAGUUCAAAGAUUUCAAAUGACACAAUGAUUAUAUGUAUCAGAUGAAAGAUUGUAUGCAUCUAUUUUAAAUUGACUUUCAAGAUAUUACUUACUACAUAAAAGAUAAGAUACAGCCUUUUUACCAUCAGAUACUGAAGAGUAUUACGUUUUAAUCAAUCAUUCAAAAAGAUGCGAGUAAUAGGGUGAUUUCGAUUUGAUCCAGUAUUCAUUGAUAUUUUUGUAUUAAGCAUCACAUAAGAAUUUUAACAGCAAGCAUUUUGUAUUUUUCCAAAUUGGUUAAAAGUUUGCAUAAUUUCUGUACCACUGUUUUGUUUUGAAUUUAGUUUAUUUAUGAAAUAUUGUUAUCAUGAAAUGUUUAUUGUUAUGGAUCUAUAUACAACUGUGGGAAGAAUCUAAUAAAAAAAAUA